ACCGUUACUAUAUCGUUAAGUCGCAUACCCCUUCACGAGACUCUCAAACUACUAAUAUACCGUCCCAACCUAAAAUUUUUGUCGUGCUAAACGUUAUGUGAAUAUGUCCGGACCAUAUGUGAUAUCUUGUGCUGGGACAGUUCCCCAAAGUAUAAGUACCUAUUCAUUAGGUUCCCGUUUUCUUCCAGCAAUUUCUACAUGACCAAAUCAUCCUGCUAUCGAGUACCGUGGUGACACUGAAGCGAACAGGCACAAGAACAUGGUCGCUGACUUCGGACUCGGAGGAUAUAUACGACAAUUUUACCAUCUGACUGAGGGAAUCCCAUAAAGCUAUGUCAGGAGUAGAGCGUAUUCAUCGCUACCUGGCGAGAACCAUGGAUAUUCGAGACCCCGAAGGAUUCGACUGGUGGGAGGAUAGGCUGAUCCCUAUCCUGGACACGAGCAACAUUCACAACCCGAAACAGUUGAACGACUUGCUAAAACGCUAUGUACCUACUAUGAAAUCAGUUAAGAAAUUGCCUGCCAAUACCGCUUUCGUUGCCCUAGAUAUCAAACCUAAGUUUGGGAUUGGGGGGCUAUUUGACGUUAGCCUGGCACUUUUAUCCAAACUCGAGGAGCACAACUGUGCCAGACACGAGGAAAGGCUAUGUCUCGCCGACUUCAUAACGGAACAUCAGGUCAAGGUCACGUCGUUUAGAGUCAACAUGAUAGGCCGAAGGGAGGUAGUCAACCCCAGAGCGACGGCCACAAUAGUUCGUGCUAUGAGGAAGCUUUGCGAAGAAGUCCCAGGUCAAAAUAUCGCGCUUAUCGGCUUCUCUCCUCCAAAAGAUAUCGAGUGUAUAGGCUUGAACUUUGCGCAUAUCAUCGAAAUGUUCCCCUAUUGGAUAGACCUUUCAAGGAUGAUCGGAGCGGCUUCUCCAGCCUUAGCAUACCAUCAAAUGGAUAUGAGAACUAUCCUUCGUGCCUUUGGCUACAGCUCCAUUGAUACAGUAUGGAUUGUAGGAAUUCGCAUAGUCGUUAACGAAGCGGUUAGAGCAUUGGCCGUGCUACAUGGAUUGCAAUGUCGAGAGGGCGUGGAAAGGCUCGUACUGGGAGAGCGAAAGUUUCCGGAUAUAAAGAUUGAAGCCCGGGUCGAGGCCUUCAGAUUCAUGCCAUACAAGGCAUUGAUUCACAACCAGGGUUUACCUCUGCCUCCUAGCAUCGAUUCUGCCCAGAAGUUGGCCCUCGCAACAGAAGAUUGUCAACCCUUUGGAGUUGCCGCUGACAUAUGCGAUGUACGGUUUGAAGGCAAUAAACCGCGUUGUCCCGGUAUCCACGCGACGCGCAUGACUCGAGGAUGCGUCUGUUUUAAUGACGAAAGAACACUGGAGGAAUUUAUAAACAACGUUGAUGGUAGCAUCAUAGACGGAGUAACGAUCAAGGUUGAAAGGAUUCCUUAUCAGCCGCUCUGGAAGUAUUUAAAGGAAGCUAUCAAGGCGAGAGGUAUUUCUCUGUAUGCUUGGCUAGCGAUGGCUGCAACGACGACCAAAGAAAAUCUACCGCGAUGGUAUGAUGCAUUAUCUUCGCCAACCGAAGGCAUACUCCCAUGGUGUCCUAAUCCAGAAGACGCACCUCCCGGCUUCUAUGAUACCGAUGAUGAUAGUACAACUUAUUUCGGUCGAUUACGGGGCUAAAUAUAUUUUUAUGAUUUCAUUUUUUAGAAGCGCCCGCCGGCCCCGGCCACGGUCCACGUCCUAGGUUGUGGCUUGGUCACCCACGCAAAAAUCCGAAAGAUUUCUCCCUGACAGUACGGAGCGCCUCCCUUCGGGUUGAGGCCAGCGACGUAUCCGGGACGACGACGCCCCGAGAAGCACCCGAUUGAAGUUCCCCCCUCGAAUCGAAGAGGCAUAUACAGGAAUGUGCCUAACAACAUACUUAAUUGCGACAACCAAUCAAAGCAAUCCCGAAAGUAUAUACCGACGAAGACGAAGUGGUUGUGCAACGCAGCAGUGAGGCAAUUGGAGCGGUCCAGGUUUUCUCCGACACAAGCACGGUUCCUGGCCGGACAUUUACCGAGCAGAUCCGGAAUGCCUGAUGUAAUAGAUAGCAUCCAUAGGCGAAACGGUGUAAGAUAAAUAAAUAAAUAAAUAAUUUUUUUUAGAAGUAUAGGUUAGAAGUACCUAACUGUCACAGAGUAGAUGGGUACGAAAUACACGUGAUAAUAGGCGGUGAUACGAGGGUCUGAAUCGUGUG